UGAUAGGCAACACUGAUGGGCACUGAUGAGGUGGCAUGGAUAGGCAGCACUGAUUGACACUGACAGGCGACACUGAUAGGCGGUACUUAUGGGUGGCACUGACUGGCAGCACUGACUGUCGGCACUGAUGGGCACAACUGCUGGGCAGCACUGAUGGGUGGCACUGCUGGGCACUGAUGAGUGGCACUGCUGGGCACUGGUGGGUGGCACUGCUGGGCAGCACUGAUGAUCAGGGCACUUAUCAGUGCCCUGAUGAUCAGUGUGGUGUGAGGAAAGUGCUGCCGAUAACCAGCAACUGUAUUUACACU